UAUGACGUCCAAAGUGUUGUUGAACAAAUUUUCCUCCUCGAUCCGGCAUGUAUAUGUCGUAAAUUUCGUUCCCUCGCUUUCCUUUUCCACCAACAAACCACCAUCGGAUAAGCCGGUCAGCCCACGAAUGGAAGAGUUCCAGAAGAAAUUGCGCGAGAAAACUCCCAUCGGCAAGCUGGAUGAAAUUGUGGGCAAACAUCCGUACCAGGAAAAGGAACCGCUGGAACCGUGGCCAAACAAUACCAAUCCCAACACGGGUGAAAUUGGUGGACCGAAAGGACCGGAACCGACCCGAUACGGAGACUGGGAGCGUAAAGGUCGUGUUACAGAUUUCUAAAGCACAGUUAAACCACAGCGUUGUGGGUAAAUUAU